AUGACCAUGGACAACUCACAGCUCUUGAGAUGGUUCAUACAACCACAGGGGGCUACACUGUUGCUCUCAGAUGCGCUGCUAUCUUCCGUUCUACGUGUAUCUGAUCCGGGCGACACAAAGGUACGGUUUUCGAUUUGUUCUCGAGUGAAGGCACUACUGGCGCUGAUAGCCUUGUUCUUGGUGAGCUCAGGGUUGAUGAAGGAAAGUUCUGACUUCAGAAAGCUGCACUCGUUGUACAGUACUGCGCACAUUUACCCGACAUCUGACGGCAUGCUGCUUGGGCGACAAGGUGUUUUGGAUUCUGUCAUUUCUGCGACUUUGGCAAUGACACUGAUGCUGUCGUUUGUGCACAUUAAUUGA